AUGACCUCAAAACCGUCAUCGGAUGAAUCUACCCCGCCAGAUACCGGGUCAAUGAAUAGUUUGAAGCGGCUUCAUGCGCCGCAGAACUACUUGCGCAUCCCAGGCCUCACGUUUGACGAUAUCCCGGGCCUCAUCCCACCUGAACACUCUGCGGCUCUCUACUAUCUUCAACCCAAAGACUUCAAUCUCAAUCUCUCAUGGGGUGAAUACUAUAGAAAGUUAGAGCCCUUCGAUUGUGUAGCCAAAAAGUUGGUCGACGUGUUUGAUUACUCCAUCCAAGAGCUCAAAGAAGGCAUCGAACCCAAAGUCAUGAGACUGAGACAUGACACCGUUGGAGACGAUGAUCCCGAGCCAGAUGCCUCCUUUUGGGACGAUUUCUUCGAGCGAGUGCUUGGUAAUCUUGGCCAUGAGGCCGAGAAGUUUGGCAUGACCUCUUUAGACGUCAUGUGGAUUGUUUACUUAUACACCAGUGCUUGGGAAAGUACGUCUCUGUCGUGUAGAAACCAGAAGGCGGGGUACUGGCGCAAGGCGAAUCUUCAUCACUUGCAUGAUUUGCUGCCUGAGUGGGUUGAGAUGUUGAAGACUAAAAGGUUGAGGUGGACAACUGUCUUUGGCGAACUGUUUGGAAUUGGGCGAUGA